AUGGGAAAGAAAUCCAAGGCGAAACUUCUCCCAGUGGCGAUCGAGGACCAAAGCAAGUUCCUGGUGGAUGAUUACGACUACAUGCAAUUGCAGAACACCGGCAACGAGUUCGAUCUUGACCUCGAAUAUUUGCUAGGCAACAGCCACAGUAUGACCUUGACUAAUGCAAUUUCGGGUGAGAGUUUCUAUACCAGGGAAGUCGAUGCUCUGGUGAGGAUUGUGGACGUCAAAUUGACCGACCUCAGAGCCUUGCAUAAGGAGGUGGAAAGGGGUGAAAGGGACGCAAAACAGUCCACCAUCAAGAGCAAAAAGGAGAUUAAUUUGUUCGAGGGACAACAGAAGGUAUUGCUUAAUGAUUUAUUGGAUUUGGAUUUUUCCUCAGAUGAAGAGGCGAAAGCUACAAGGAUUAAUAAGGCACCCAAGGAGGACGUCAGAGAGACGACUAAGGAGAAGAAAGCAAGAGAAAACACUCUGGUAGCUGAAGGGAAUAAGAAGAAAAAAUCAAAGGAAAAUACCCCUGUCGCUGAAAGGAAGAAAAAGGAGACGAAAUCCAGGGAAAAUACACCGGUGAGUGAAAAGGAGAAGGGAACGAAAGCCAAAGAAAGUACCCCUGAGGUGAAGAAAAAAGAGAAAGCCAAGAAUAAACUCAGGAAAGACACUUCAGAAGUGAAGAGAUCCAAGAAAUACUCUCCAGAAGUGACGAUGCCAGAGAAACUGGAACCAAUUUCGGGGCCCGAACCAACACCAGGGCUCGAACUAGCUCCAUCUAGUGACGCAGAAAAUGAGACAAACAGACAGGCUACGAAGGCACCUCGAUUAAAAAAGCAAAGCAAAAUCGACAUGAGUCUUUUGGCGGGCGCGGAAGCUUCGUCAGAGGAACCUGCCCCAAAGAACAAACAGUCCAACACAAAGAAAGAAGAUAUUGAAUUCGCCGAGUUUGAAGCCCUGACUAAAAGUGAGGCGAGCAAGAAAAAGAAAAAGCCCAAGGCAAAGACAGAAGAAGCUAUUGAUUUCGCUGAAUUUGAGGCUUCAACAAAGAGUCCAGUGAGCAAGAAGUCCAAAAAGAGCAAGCAAGUUCAGGGAAAUGUGGAAAAAGUGGAUGUUGAGGUGCUAGAAGCUAUUCCUGCUAAACCAAAGAAGGCUAAAAGACCUAAACAAUUCUUAUCCAGAGAAGACGAAAACGAAGCAAUCCCUCCGAUUCCACAGACAAAGACCAAAAAGAAAACCAAGAAAGAGACUGUUGAAGAGGACUACGAGCUCCUCAAUGACCCUGAAUUGCAACACAUCAUCAGCCAGUUUGGUAGCACGGACCUUGAGGCGCCUAUGAAGGGCGUGGAAGCUUCCCCUAAAAAGAAUACCCCACGGGCGAAAGACCACACCAGGAGGAGCGUCCCUGCACUAAAUGAAGAAAGCCUAGAGUUGGUAGAAAGCAAACAAGCAACACCAGCUAAGAAAGCUCGCAAGAAAAAAAGUAAGAAACGCUCCAAGGGGACUUCAGAGGAAAGCAAGGAAUCUUCUAUUGAAGCAGAACCGAGCAAGGAAGGGGACAAGGAAACCCCACUGGAAUAA